ACUCAGUGAGCAGUAGGUGCCGGUGCAAGCUCGCGCCUCACACUGCCUGGCGGAGGGAAGGAGCCCGGGCGCCGGGCGCCGCUCCCCGCUCCCAGCGUCGCCACCCGAGCCGCCCGCCGCCCGCACCUCCCCGCCGCCCGCAAAGCAUGAGCGAGCCCGCUCUCCGCAGCCGCCCCGGGCGCGAAUGGCAGGCUGUCUCCGCGGAGCAAAAGGUGGCGCCGGUCAGUGGUCCUUUCCAAUGACGGACAUUAACCAGACUGUCAAAUCCUGGGGAGUCGCGAGCCCCGAGUUUGGAGGGUUUUUUUCCCCACAACGUCACAGUCCGAACUGCAGAGGGAAAGGACAGCGGCAGGAAGGCGAAGCCCCGGCUCCCGCACGCAGUUGGGAAACUUGCGGGUCCUAGAAGUCGCCUCCCCGCCUCGCCGGCCGCCCUUGCAGCCCCGAGCGGAGCAGCAAAGUGAGACAUUGUGCGCCUGCCAGAUCCGCCGGCCGCGGACCGGGGCUGCCUCGGAAACACAGAGGGGUCUUCUCUCGCCCUGCAUAUAAUUAGCCUGCACACAAAGGGAGCAGCUGAAUGGAGGUUGUCACUCUCUGGAAAAGGAUUUCUGACCGAGCGCUUCCAAUGGACAUUCUCCAGCCUCUCUGGAAAGAUUCUCGCUAAUGGAUUUCCUGCUGCUCGGUCUCUGUCUAUACUGGCUGCUGAGGAGGCCCUCGGGGGUGGUCUUGUGUUUGCUGGGGGCCUGCUUUCAGAUGCUGCCCGCCGCCCCCAGCGGGUGCCCGCAGCUGUGCCGGUGCGAGGGGCGGCUGCUGUACUGCGAGGCGCUCAACCUCACCGAGGCGCCCCACAACCUGUCCGGCCUGCUGGGCUUGUCCCUGCGCUACAACAGCCUCUCGGAGCUGCGCGCCGGCCAGUUCACGGGGUUAAUGCAGCUCACGUGGCUCUAUCUGGAUCACAAUCACAUCUGCUCGGUGCAGGGGGACGCCUUUCAGAAACUGCGCCGAGUUAAGGAACUCACACUGAGUUCCAACCAGAUCACCCAACUGGCCAACACCACCUUCCGGCCCAUGCCCAACCUGCGCAGCGUGGACCUCUCGUACAACAAGCUGCAGGCGCUCGCGCCCGAUCUCUUCCACGGGCUGCGGAAGCUCACCACGCUGCACAUGCGGGCCAACGCCAUCCAGUUCGUGCCCGUGCGCAUCUUCCAGGACUGCCGCAGCCUCAAGUUUCUCGACAUCGGAUACAAUCAGCUCAAGAGUCUGGCGCGCAACUCUUUCGCCGGCUUGUUCAAGCUCACCGAGCUGCACCUGGAGCACAACGACUUGGUCAAGGUGAACUUUGCCCACUUCCCCCGCCUCAUCUCCCUACACUCGCUCUGCCUGAGGAGGAACAAGGUGGCCAUUGUGGUCAGCUCGCUGGACUGGGUAUGGAACCUGGAGAAAAUGGACCUGUCGGGCAACGAGAUCGAGUACAUGGAGCCCCAUGUGUUCGAGACCGUGCCACACCUCCAGUCCCUGCAGCUGGACUCCAACCGUCUCACCUACAUCGAGCCCCGUAUCCUCAACUCCUGGAAGUCGCUGACGAGCGUCACCCUGGCCGGGAACCUCUGGGACUGUGGGCGCAACGUGUGCGCCCUGGCUUCGUGGCUCAGCAACUUCCAGGGGCGCUACGAUGGCAACUUGCAGUGCGCCAGCCCCGAGUACGCACAGGGCGAGGACGUCCUGGACGCAGUGUACGCUUUCCACCUGUGUGAGGAGGGGGCCGAGCCCACCAGCGGCCACCUGCUCUCCGCCGUCACCAACCGCAGCGACCUGGGAUCCCCCGCCGGCCCGGCCACCACUCUCGCUGACGGCAGGGAGGGGCAGCCCGACAGCACGCCUGAGCUGGCUACCGUGGCCCUCCCCGGCGGCGAACACGCCGAGAACGCUGUGCAGAUUCACAAGGUGGUCACCGGUACCAUGGCCCUCAUUUUCUCCUUCCUCAUCGUGGUCCUGGUGCUCUAUGUCUCUUGGAAGUGCUUCCCAGCCAGUCUCAGGCAGCUCAGACAGUGCUUUGUGACGCAGCGCAGGAAGCAAAAGCAGAAACAGACCAUGCAUCAGAUGGCUGCCAUGUCUGCCCAGGAAUACUACGUUGAUUACAAACCGAACCACAUUGAGGGAGCCCUGGUCAUCAUCAACGAGUAUGGCUCGUGUACCUGCCACCAGCAGCCCGCCAGGGAAUGCGAGGUGUGAUUGUCCCAGUGGCUCCCAACCCGUGCGCUACCAAAUAUGCCUGGACAGCCGGGGCGGGCCGGCAAGCACCAGGCUGGGGUCUCCUGUCUGUGCUCUGAUAUGCUCCUUGACUGAAACCGCAAGGGGAUCUCUCCCAGAGACUUGACAUUUUAGCUUUAUUGUGUCUUAAAAACAAAAACGAGAUAAAACACAACAAAACCCCACCCCACAACCUUCAGGACAGUCUAUCUUAAAUUUCAUAUGAGAACUCCUUCCUCCCUUUGAAGAUCUGUCCAUAUUCAGGAAUCUGAGAGUGUAAAAAGGUACCAAUCAUUGAUUUUUUUUUGUAAACUUAAAAUGUUUAAAAUAAAAUAGCAUUUACAGUUUUUA